AUGGACGGAGUCGAUGAAUACGGUGAGGACGUGGAAACUUUGUGCAACUAUGUGCCUUUAAGAAAAGUGAUACCUUUUGAAGUUAAAUAUUGGCGUUGCUCGGCUGGCAGUGGUCUGGGCGACAAUUACAUGUCGGUAGUUAAACGUAUAGAAGUGAGCACGCAUGAAUUUGACGGCGGCGUGACGGAGCGCAAAGGUGCACAGUGUUUUAGUUUCAUAGUCAAAAGGCAAAUUUUAAGUCAAUCGCGCCGCCUUCUGUUUCGCUGUGAUGAAGCAUUUUACAACGAAAUAAAUGCCUACACUCAUGUGAUACCAGCCCUAGAAAAAUAUUUCAUCAAUGGAGACACAGUAUUUCCACAAUGCUAUUAUGCCGGCACCGAUAAGAAAGGCGAGCUGAUAGCGUUGGAGGAUCUGAAGCAGCUCGGCUAUCGCAUGUCAAAUCGUUUGGUGCCGUUCGAUCUUUAUCAUUGUGAAAUAGUGAUGAAGGAACUCGCCAAGUUACAUGCUACAUCUAUAGCGGCUAAGCAUUUGGACGACAGCAAUUUUCGUGAGCGGUAUGGCAAAGUUAAUGAAAUUGUGUAUUGUGCGGAGGCGGAAAGUUUUUAUGGGAAUUUACUCACAUCCUCAAUAGAAGAAUCGUUGAAGAGUUUACGCGAAUCAAACGUUGAUGGCAGCCUUUCCGAUUCCAUUUGUAUGAUAGAGCAACUGAAAGCUGAAUUGUAUCAGAAAAUAAUGUAUAGUAUUAAAAAUGCCAGCGAUUGUGUUAGUGUAAUGUGUCAUGGUGAUUUAUAUGUCAACAACAUCAUGUUUAAAUCCAACAUGGAAGAUGACAACGCAUGCCAAGCUCCGAAAGCGGUUAAAUUCUUUGAUCUACAGGCAAUGCGUUAUACUUCGUUCAUUUUCGAUAUCCUUCAUUUUAUGUUCACCAGCACGAAACGCGAACUUCGUGAUGCGCAUACGAAUCGUUUGUUGGAAACCUACCGUAGCGCUCUGCACAAUCGUUUGGAACAACUUUUAGUUUCUCGUGAGCAUUUAGAGUCAAUACGAGAGACCUUUUCACUGGAAAAUAUUACUAAAGAAUUUACUGCACAUGCUCUGUACGGUUUAGCAGUAUCCAUGUGGGUAUUGCCUGCAGUUACAUUUGAUCCUAAUAAUAUACCAAAUUUAGAUGUCAUCAGUGAAGCCGUACCAAAUGCCAACGAAAUAAAAGUUACACAAAAAUUAACCGACGAGUACCAUUCCAGAAUAAAAGAUCUAGCGCUAGAGUUUCAUCAAAACGGCUACUUUGGUACUUGGUUAGAAAAAUAGUUUAGUUAAAUUUAGCAACAAUUGUAUACUUUAAGUAGCUGACAAAGGUGUGUGAUUAGCGUUAUUUGCUCUUUGGUUCUGAAAGCGAUUACCAAAAUUACUAAAAUACAUAUAUUUUUUUAAAUAUACUGUGUAUAUAUGUAUAUAAGAA